CUCGCCUUUGUGCAUUUGUCGGUACCUAAGCUCUUUCCUUUCCCAUCCUCUCGUCUCUAUUUCUCUUCGAUUUCCAACAUAAAAAAACUAGCAUCGAGCAUGUAUAAUCCUAGUGCAAGGUACACGACCUUGCUUCUCCUUUUACCCAUUUCAGCACUUGCCUUGGUCUUCAUUUCGUCUGCCAACGCCACACAAAUCCAGCAUUUUCAUGUCCACAACCACCUCCAAAUUGCUCACUCAGCGUGUGAAGGAACCUUAUACCCCGACCUUUGUGUCUCCACCAUUUCCUCACUCCCAGAUCUCACCUCCAAAUCAUUGCCCGAGCUCAUCCAAGCAACUCUGAACCAAACCAUAUACGAGGUUAGACUCUCCUCUUCAAACUGCUCCACCAUCGAAAAGAAACUCAAAUUUUACAACGCAUUGGCAGAGGCGGCCAUUAAAGAUUGUCUUGAGCUCUUUGACGACACCCUGGAGGAGCUGAGAGUUGCCCUAGUUGAUCUUUCCCCCAAGAAACUAGCAGUCUCCAAGAACUACCACGACUUGCAGACAUUGCUAAGCGCGGCAAUCACGAACCAGUACACGUGUCUUGAUGGGUUCUCUCGCAGCAGAGGAAAUGCUAGGGACAUUAUAAAAAACGGUCUUCACAAGAUCAGCCACCACGUCAGCAACUCUCUCGUCAUGCUCAACAAAGUCCCUGGUGUCAACAAAUCCAAAUCGGAGGCUUUUCCUCAGCACGGACGCUUGAAAAACGGGUUCCCUUCAUGGUUAUCCAGGAGAGAUUGGAGACUCGUACAGGCUUUAGUUAAUGAAACCAAGUUCGACCUGGUAGUUGCCAAGGACGGCACUGGAAACUUCACUACGAUUAGUGAGGCUGUUGCCGCUGCUCCAAAUAACAGUGAGACGAGGUUUGUGAUACAUAUAAAAGCAGGGACUUAUUUUGAGAAUGUAGAAGUUGUAAGGAAAAAGAAAAUGCUGAUGUUUGUGGGAGACGGGAUCGGGAAGACAGUGGUGAAGGCCAGUAGAAAUGUGGUUGAUGGCUCUACGACGUUCCGUUCUGCCACCGUUGCUGUGGUGGGGGGCGGAUUCAUAGCCAAGGGGAUAACGUUUGAGAACUCGGCAGGACCGAGCAAACACCAAGCAGUGGCAUUAAGGAGCGGGUCAGACCUCUCGGCAUUCUAUAAAUGCAGUUUCGUUGCCUACCAAGACACUCUCUACGUACAUUCCCUCAGGCAAUUCUAUCGCGAAUGCGACGUAUACGGGACCGUUGACUUCAUAUUCGGGAACGCGGCUGCUGUUUUCCAAAGCUGCAACUUAUAUGCUCGUAAACCGAAUCCGAACCAAAAGAACAUUUUUACCGCUCAAGGAAGAGAAGACCCUAACCAGAACACCGGGAUUUCAAUUUUGAACUGCAAGAUUGCUGCUGCCACGGACUUGAUCCCGGUAAAAUCGUCGUUCAAGACGUAUUUGGGGCGUCCUUGGAAAGAGUAUUCGAGGACGGUUAUUGUGCGUUCGUACAUCGAUGACUCGGUGGAUCCUGCUGGAUGGUUAGAAUGGAAUGGGACAUAUGCUUUGAGUACCCUGUAUUAUGGGGAGUAUUUGAACCGAGGGCCAGGGUCGAAUACGAGUGCAAGAGUAACUUGGCCUGGUUAUAGGGUUAUCAACAGUUCCACUGAGGUAAUUCAGUUUACUGUUGAGCCAUUUAUACAGGGCAGUGAGUGGUUAAACUCUACUGCCAUUCCAUUCGCUCUUGGUUUGAGUUGAAAGUGCCGGAGUGCUAAAUUUAGGCGCCUCUUUUCUUUUUGUUAGUAAUCGUAUUCUAUGUUGGUUUGAUCAAGUGAGGCCACCCUGCAUAUUGAUGU